AAAUAAUCAUUCUCUGUCGUCAAUCGAUGAAACAAAUCGAUCGUAUCAGUAGAUUCCAGUCCGGCCAGUAGAAGGUGCAAUUGUGAGCUAGAACUCAGUAGAUCUUCUUUUACAACUGCGUGUGUUUUACGUAUUAGAUUUAUUUAAUAAUAACUCGGUAGCAAGUGGAAACUUUUCUGUGGUUUUAAAUUGUGCAAAAAUAGGAACAAGAGAGAAAGUAAAAAAAAUGGUAAAAAUUUCCGGUAACGGUUUGAUGCAUACCUCUGAACAAUACAGAGAUUGUUCGAGCUUGAUAAGAGAAGCAGAUGAACCUCCGCUUGAAGAAUUAGACCCAGCUAUCCUGAGCUGUGGUUUGCCGGCGAUUAUACUAUCGGACAUUCUGCCGAGUUUUUCGGAUCCCAUCCGAUAUACAGCUAGUCAGCUGCAGGUCAUUCGAAAACAUUCCCUCUGUUUUCAACGCCCGGCUGUAGCCGACGAUCCGAAGAUCGGUCGUUUUGCCAUUUGGAGGACCGCCAACGAAGUGAGAAGAAUCUGUCUGAAAGAACGCAAAAACGCCAUGAGCGUUGAACCGAAUAACCAAUCGUGCAAGGAUAUGACUAACGAGCGACCCUCUGGCGUACUUAAGUAUCGUCAUGGUCGCGAGAAUGGAUUUAGUGCACCGAGAUUUCGACGCAAUUAUGAAUUCAGCAAUCGCAGCCAUCAUGUGAUCGUAAAAAGCUACAAAGGUGGUGAUGAAUUCCGCCUGCAGGAUACAGUCAUCGAGGAGGAACCUGAGUGGGUUUCAGCCGGACCAACAUCUCGUCUGGACACAAUCGAAUUACGUGGUUUCGAUGAAGAUGUGUCACUGAAUGCCUUGUCCACUUCCCAAUCGUCACUGGAGAAGGCCAAUCCGGAUACUAGGACCAAAUCAACCGAGAAGCACAUUUCGUUCUACGAUGAUCUGCACCACUAUGAGCAUGUGCAUCCGAAGCGAACAGGAAACGGUUCUAAGCAACACGAUAAUUCUGGACGUGAGAAUGAUAUUGAAAGCGUUGCAGCUUCCAGUACCAGUUCGUCUCCGCCUGCACGAAGUACUCCAACGAAGGGUAUUGCGGACCACGGUAGCAACUCUAACCAGAAGUAUCAUCAGCAUUCUCAACAGAACGGAAUUAAUGUGAAUAACUUCGAAGAGUUCAUGAAAUUUGAAUCACUCUUUGGGGUGGAUAAUGCUUCAAGUGGUAACAAUCAAGGUGGAUCCCGCUUUAGCAAAUGGUUCCGUCGAGGCAACAACACAUUCAACCAAGCAUCAACCUGGAACCAAGAUGGACGUCGCCAGUCGUACCAUUCGAAUAAUGACAGCCACGGCAAUUCAUACGGAAACAACAACCGAUUCCAGCCUGAUCGCAAUCAGAACCGUUUUCCUGGAUCUUCAUGCAAUCGUAACUACCAGGGAGAAAUAUUUGAUCAUCAGUCGAAUCUACGUGCCGCUGACACAAACGCAGCAUUCAAACGACUGAUAGACAUGGUCGCUCAAAAUCGUGCCAGCAACAAUUUGAUUGCUCAGCAGCAAUAUUUGAUGCAACUGCUGAGCAAAAAUAAUCAAAGCGAAAUAUUGCGUCGCAUGCUCAUGAAAAACACUGUGGAAAAUGCAGCUGAAGCAGGCCAACAAAUGCCACAGCAACAAUCGCAACAGCCGCUACCAACUUCCCAACAACCACGCAUUCCGACGCAGCGCGAGCUGCAAUUUCACACACAGUCAAUUAUGCAGAAUGCUUUAUUGCGUAAGAAGCUCCAGGAUCAACGAAAAUUGCUUUUCGAGCAAAACAAUCAAAUGGCAAUGAUGGCAGCUGCCGCCUGCAGCGCGGAACCGAAUCCUACCGUACAACAAUUUGUUGAGUCGGUCUGCCCAAACAUCCAAAGAAGUUUAUCGGUACUCAACCAAACGGCUAAUAGCAGCGCUAGUCAACAAUUCAACCAGUCAUUUCCGGGUAGUGGCAACGCAAACAAUUCCUUCUACACUGGUGGUCCAACUCAGCAUGAAUUGUCUGCCUCAUUGCAGCAGAUGCUACUUUCGCCACAGCAUCAAGGGCACCGUUCAGUUGGAAAUAGCCGACGCUUCGGAAAGGCUUAGUAGCCGGUGUCAUUAGAAUUCAAUAUAAUAUAUAUUUUUAUGAGAGUUGAUUUCUCAAAAUAUUUCUUUUCAAGUGUAGGAAGAAAUUUGCUGCGAAGUUAGCAUUCGUAUAUUUUACUAACCAAGUUUCUAUCAUUUUGUUCCUUAUAUUAUGAUUCCAAGAUGUCUGUGUUAUGUUUUUGAUCAAUUUUUACUAUGCACAGUUUGUUUUGUUGCAUCGAUAUCUGUUUCGCCGUUUAUUAGUAGAUUAGCAAAAUUGCAUCUCUUUUUGUAAAACUUUUUUCUCUUCGAGCAAUAUUAGUCCUAAGACGAUUGUUUGUAAAUUACAAGAACAAAUGGGUUCAACUUCAACUCUUAUUUUCCUCAAAGACAUCGUUUCAAAUUGUUAUUAUUCAAUCUACUAAUCUUAAUAUCGCAUUAUCGGAAAGCGCUCAGCUAGCGAUAAUGAUAAACAAAAAUAGUUUUAACGGAACUGAAUUGGAUAUAGUGAAUUUAUAACCCAAACUUUAUAAUAAACAUUGAAUUGUGAAA